CCAUCCUUCAUCAUCAUCACUGCUUGGGCCAAUAGCGAACCAGGAGCAACAGGACCAGCCCGCAAUGAAAGGCGCGAAACCAACAACCACAGUCAUACGCCUCUCUGCCUCUGGCGGCUGGAGAUCUCUCUCAUUCUUUUCCUGAUGUCGUCGACUGGCUCGUCAACCCAUAUAUACAUACCUACGUUACCUAAGUUCGGAACGCACAUACUCUUUCAACACGGGGCAGCCGUGGGGAACUGUCUCGGACGCGACCUAGCUCCCUUUGCUUCUUUCUACUACAGUAUAAUACUGUCCUUUCGCCUCCACCAACAUAAUACAGACUAUCGACUGCGCAGGAUUUUCCAUUAGCACAACAAACGCAACGCACGGGCAUAGGGGAGCAGAACUCUUCUGUGGGUGGUCUCAGACCUCGGUAAUCAUUCAUCUACGCGCCUCAUGACUCAAUUCAGUCGUAAAAGCCUGCGUGUGGUGGAUCAGUUCUGCGUUUUGGCCCUAUCAACGAGGUUCUGAAUGGCUGCCUCCACACAUGUCGGCGGCACUUGUGCCGUUCUCACUUGUGAAAAGAUCAUUCUGCUUAGUUCCAGACAUUACUGCGAUGAACACUCAGCAUUAGAGCCAACUGCGGCUAGCAGAGAUUCUCCCGUUACGAAUAUGGCCAAGGGCUUCCGACCCUCCAACAGGAAUUUUGUUGCCAAAAGAGGUCGAGGCAAAUUCGUCUUUACACCUUCGCGGCACUUUUCUAGGCAUGAUCCGCCAUCUCGAGAUACCUCUAGUCCGGAUACCAGCGCUCCCAUGACACAGUCUCCGGAAGCAAAUGAGCGAGAGGCCUCUGCUCCAUCUUUGGUGCAAGACAGAUCCAUUGAUAAUGACAGAAACCUUCAUCCCCAGCCAGAGAGGAACGGAACCAGCCACGUUGGAUUAACACCCGACUCCGCGCAGAUUAAGGCAGUCCAAGAUGUAGCGAAAGCUGACAAGGGCUCUUCUACUAACCAGGUAAAUUCUCAUACUGUAACGAAUAUGGGGACACCAUUGGCUAUGAAUUUGCGAGCCGGGACAGAGGAGGCGAUAAACCAGCCACUUGGCCUCGACCGUGCCACCAAAAAACUGAGUUCCUGUUCAAAUAUUGGAUCGGCAACGCAUCCCACAGAGAAUACCAAGAUAGACGCGCAUCAAAAUGGGCAAUCUAUCGAUGCAAGUGACAGCCAACACUUGACUAGGACGGCGCAAGUGUCUCCUAAAUUUCCCUCAAACGAAGGGUUUAAGAACACCGAGCCUUCCCUAGGCCUUGACUCUCAGUCGUGCGCUUCUUCCACCGCUCCUGUGAAUCAUAUGCAGCUUACCUCUGAAGAUGGUGUCAAAUUUAGGUCUUCUCCUCGGACAUCCAAGUCAAAGAAGGACAAUGCACAGAAGAAUUCGGACCAUCCUCAUCCAGAAACACGAACGAGUUCGAAGGCAAAGCUCUUAUCAACUCCCACUAAACGCUCGGCUCCCAUGACAAGUAAAGAGCUCCCAGUCAGGAAACAGGAUUUUCAAGGUUCCCUGCCUGAAGUCAGCGCCGAAAUGGAUGAUGAGGUGAAUAUGGCCGAUGUUAGUGACAUUGACGAGGAAGCAAAGCCGACCAAACCCGUGUCGCUCUCUCCCCGUGCCAAAGCAGAAGCUCGCAAAAAGAGGCUUUUGGUCGAGUUCGAUUCUGAGGCAUUCGACUCACUCAUUUAUCGGCAGUCAAGUUUGCAACCACCUCCGCAUGUUACUGUAUCUUCGCGUAUGGUCAAGUACCAUCCACUUUACGGUGACCAAAAGCCACUCUAUCUUCCGGUGAAUCCAGCAAUCCAUCACAUGCAUAAGCGAUCCCGUGCCUGGUAUAGAAAGAAGUGCGACGAAAUCAGACGGCGUCCAAAACGCAAACAGUGGUUUGGCAAGGUUGUGGAGAGACAACGCUGGUUACAGGCUCUAGAGGUGAAGAAGCAAGAGAAAAUCAAACAAGCUCAGCAAGACGGGACUACUCCCCCCUACAUACCACCAGAGCCGAGGGGGGUCAAGCGUAUUCUUGACUUUGGUGACUUGCCCGAGGAGGAACUGCCUGAAUAUGUGCGGAGUAAUCCUGCUUGGUUGAAAGCCUGCGCUUGGUUCAGAGAAUGCGAGGAUAAGGCGACUGCACGCCAGCGACAUGUCAACAACAAGACGAAAGAGACAGAGAGUUACUUUCAGAGCUUGAACGCUUGAUGAAUUCACAUGAUAUAUGAUGACGGUGCAUUGCAAAGGAGUCGAGGAGGCUGUCUUGAUGACUUUUGACUAGGCGCAUCUUGGGCAAAUGGCCAUCUUCGUUCUUGAAAACGGGGGGGCAAAGGAUUCCAACGAUCUAAAUGUAAAUAUGCCACAGGAGUUCAGGAAUUCGAAUUAGGAAUAACACAGCUAGGAAGUUUCCACUUCUCCAAGAAGCAAUAUAGGUACCUUACCAAUUGAUCAAAACUGGCGCAUAUAUGCACGUAGCUCAUUCGUGAAUAGUAAAAGCGGCUAGAGA